AUGUCGUUCUUUCUAUGCUUCCUGUCAGCUGGGUGUCUGAUCCCCGUGGGAAGUACCCUCGCUGCCCAACUACCUCCUGCAGCUCAGCGCAUUGACUGGAAGAGCUUCAAUGUCCUCCCGUCCGUGCCACCUCCAGCCGUGGCAAAUGAUUCGACAAUAUUUGUUUGGCCUGGAGUCACUGCGGAGUCUCUCCUGGCGAAGCCAUUCCACGUCUACGAUGACGAGUUCUUGAACGUCAUUGGCUACAAUCCUUCCCUCACUCUCAUUGCUACUUCGGACACAGACCCCAUCUUUCACGAGGCUGUCGUGUGGCAUCAGCCCAGAGAUGAGGUCUUCUUCGUCCAGAAUGCCGGUGCGCCGGCUGCAGGUACUGGGCUGAAUAAGUCCUCGAUCAUUCAGAAGAUCUCUCUUGCAGAUGCCGAGGCUGUGCGCAAGGGUCAAUUGAGCAACGCCACCGUCACGGUCGUGCCUUCAAACCCCCAGGUCAUCAACCCAAACGGUGGCACCAACUACAAGGGGAACAUCGUCUUUGCGGGAGAGGGUCAGGGCGCCGACAUCACUUCGACGAUGUAUCUCAUGAACCCGGAACCGCCAUUCAAUACUACCGUCCUGUUUAACAACUAUUUCGGUCGCCAAUUCAACUCGCUUAACGACGUCAACAUCAACCCCCGCAACGGAGAACUGUACUUCACGGAUACCCUCUACGGCUUCCUGCAGGACUUCCGCCCUCCUCCUGGCCUUCGCAACCAAGUCUACCGCUACAACUUCCAGACAGGCGCAAUUGCUGUUGUUGCCGAUGACUUCACUCUGCCCAACGGUAUCACCUUCUCGCCAGAUGGGAAGAAGGCGUAUGUCACCGACACCGGCAUUGCCCUAGGAUUCUACGGCCGCAACCUCUCUUCGCCCGCCUCGGUCUACUCGUUCGACGUGAACGAUGACGGCACCUUCCAGAACCGCAAGACUUUUGCUUACACUGCUUCCUUCAUCCCCGAUGGUAUCCACACCGACUCCGCCGGUCGCGUCUACUCCGGCUGUGGCGACGGCGUUCACGUCUGGAACCCUUCCGGCAAGCUGAUCGGCAAGAUCUACACCGGUGUCACUGCUGCGAACUUCCAGUUCGCCGGCAAGGGGAGGAUGAUCAUCACCGGGCAGACCAAGCUGUUCUACGUUACGCUCGCUGCGUCCGGUGCGCCGAUACUAUAG